AUAAAAGAGAGGCAUCCUCACAAUUAAAGGGCAUUAGCUGAAGCCAGUUAUCUAAGUAAUAUUUCCACUUAGAACCAUGCUGGAUUGCAAAAAGAAUUGUCACACUUUAAUAGUUGUGCUGCUUGUACUUCUGGGAUGCAUCACUGCUGCAUCUGGUAACUAUCGCCGACCUACCAGAGUUGGUCUCAUAUGCUGUGAGGCAGUUUCCAGAGCAAUGAUACCAGCUCAUAUAAAGCUUACUGCAUACAAGCGCCAGAAUGCCCUGAAACCUUGUGUGGAAGCUGUCAUAUUUUUCUCUGAGAAUGAAAAAUACUGCUCUGACCCUGCUGCACGCUGGAUCUCAAAAAAAGUGAAAGGUUUGAAGGAGAUCAAGGAAUGAAAACAUCAAUCAUAUUUUUUUUGCAUCAACCUUUUUGUUUUUAUGCAUAGACAAUAAAAAAGUUGCAUUGUUUACCUUUUCAAAUUUUAUCAUGACUGUAAGCUUUGCUAUAACCCUUUAAAGCCUUCCUAUAAUUUUUAGGUGAUUCCACCAGAUUUAAAUAGUUCACUGUUUAAAAUAAUGUGAACGCCAAACAAAUUGAUUAAAACAAAUUAAAUACGACAUGUUACACUUUAAAGUACAUUAGAGUAUUUACUUACUUGGUACAUAUUUAAUGCAACUACUUUGUCAUUCCAUUAUGUAUCAUUAAGGACAAGUAGAAUGCUACCAAAUCCUGAGAGAGCUUAUGAAAAGAACUUCUAUUAAAAAUGUGUAAUAUUUCGCUAAUGUAUUUCAAAAUGUAAUUUAAUUUAAAUAUUCAAUGUAAUAAAAAAAGAAUUUCCUUGCAAAA